AUGUCCAAGGCGGUCAAGAAGAUGAAGGAUGUGAGCAGCCGAGGUGGUAGCAAAGGCCUGAGCCAUGUGGACCAGAUGUUCUGGCGCGCGCACGUCGCACGGGAAAUCGACACCUGGAGGUUAUCUGAAUUUCUGCCAGCUGACAAAUGUUUGCCUAGCCUGCUGAAUCUCGUGGGAAAGGCCUACUCAGUGACCUUCCGUGAGGUUGAUGGGGCGAAUUUGCUCACUCGACUGCUCAGCGGCUGGCACAGAUCUGUGAAAGUGUACGAGGUGACUGAUGGACCGCCUUCCGCAGUGAAAAAGGCUGGACGAGGUAAACUGGGGUAUGUCUACUUAGACUUAUACCGAAGGAUGAGCUUCCUGGGUCGCCCAGCAGUGGAACUGGCUGGGGCGCUUCGGCUUUGUCCUGGCCAUGCUUACCUUAGUUGCAACUUGCCGGGCGUUGGACUGGGCCAAGGAUCCAAGUUGCUGCAUCCAGAGGAGCUGGUGGGAAUCACUCACGAGCUGGGUCAUGCGGUGCACAUUCUGUGCCACACGGGAAGUCCUCAAGAAUUUGACGAUUUACCCUUAGAUGUGCUGGAACUGCCCUCAACUUUGGUUGAGACAAUCGCUCUGCAUCCUGAAAGCAUGACACAGUACGCACAGCACCGCGACAAUGGUAGCCUUCCACCCGGGGACCUUCUUCGCUCCUGCCAGAGAGAUUCUCACUUCUUUGUUCGAGUCUUGCAGAAUUGCAGCGUCUCACUGGGCCUUCAUGCAGAGGACUUUGACCCCUUCAAGAAGACGGCGGCAGAUCUUCGCGAACACGCCAUUUCGUUGUGGCAGCGUUACUCGCUGGUGGAAGCAGAUCCGGCCUUCACGCCCUUGGGCGGAGAUGCUGGUCUGAACGUGGGCCAUGGAGCAAACCACGUGGCGUACCUCCUGUGCUACUUGCGUGUCGCCAAUAUACUUCAGAAGAAGGGAAGCAGGAAAGAUGCUGCACGAUGGUUGCAGCCAGAGUUUGCAGGGCUACUUCGCUCGCAGCUGCUGGACCAGAACUUCCCCAGUGAGAGGAUGGCGGCCGUUCAGCCGACCCUGGGGAAGCAAGGUCGGGAACUGCCACCUCAUCCACUGCCACAGCUGCCAAGUAGCACAUUGCUACUUUUCCAGCAACUGGCACAGUGA